AUGGAGAAUCUUUUGGAAUUGCUCCAGCUUCCUGGUUUAGAGGAAGACAAAGUCUUCCAGAAAGAGAUAGGCCUCAAGAUUCUGGUGUUCAAAGCUUACAGGUGUUUUUUCAUUGCUCAGUCCUAUGCGCUGGUGAAGAAGUGGAGCGAAGCACUUGUCCUGCAUGAUAGCAUCCUGAAAUAUGCAGAUGAAGUAAAUUCUGAUGCUGGCACCUUCAAGAACAGCCUAAAGGGCCUGCCUGACAUGCAAGAGCUCAUCACUCAAGUGUGGUCAGAGAAGUGCUCCCUGCAGGCCGCAGCCAUCCUUGGCCGACGGCGUUGGAUGUGGGAUUGAUCUGUUUAUCUCCACCACUUCUCAGCACGAGACAGGACUGGCUUCCCCACGUGCUGGCUCUUUUGCUUUUGGGAUGUAGGGGCCACCUGUGUGAUAGGUCUCAUUUGUGACUAGUGUGCUAUUAUAAGUCCUUGUUCUUACAAACUUUCAGAUGCAAAUGACACUCAUCAAACAGAGACCUCCUCCUCCCAAGUCAAGGACAAUAAGGGAAGUCUGGGCCAUGGUUUUUGAGGAAUACAAAGCAGGAUUAGUCAC